AUGACGAAUUAUUCAACCAUUACAGAUGCACAGCCCGAGAUUUCAGACGCCAGCGACAUGUCGAGCAGACACCGACGACGCGGCGGUAAAGAUGCCGGCUACGCGGGCAAGGCCUCGCGCGUGAGCAGCAUCGUCAAUCUCCUCAAUACCAUUGUAGGAGCUGGCACCCUCACCAUGCCCUUUGUGCUUUCGCACAUGGGUAUUAUGCUUGGUGUCGUCCUCAUCCUCUGGUCCGCCUUCACGUCGGCCUUUGGGCUCUACCUCCAAUCGCGAUGCGCCCGAUACCUCGACCGCGGCACCGCCUCCUUCUUCGCCCUCUCCCAGCUCACCUACCCCAACGCCGCCGUCAUCUUCGACCUCGCCAUUGCUGUCAAGUGCUUCGGCGUCGGCGUCUCCUACAUGAUCAUCAUCGGCGACCUGAUGCCUGGCGUCAUGCAGGGCCUGACCAACCAUACCGAGAACUUUCCCUACCUCGUCAAUCGCCAUUUCUGGAUCACCGCCUUUAUGCUGCUCGUCAUUCCUCUUAGCUUCCUGCGCCGUCUCGACUCGCUCAAGUACACCAGUAUCGUCGCCCUCGUCUCCAUUGGCUACCUGAUUGUCCUCGUCGUCUACCACUUUGCUGCCGACGCCCACGCUGACCCGAGUGACAUUCGCGUCAUUGAAUGGGCUGGCGCCGUCGAGACCUUGAGCACCCUGCCGGUCGUCGUAUUUGCUUAUACGUGUCACCAAAAUAUGUUUUCCAUCAUCAACGAAAUUGGCGACAACACCCCCGGCAGCAUGGUUUCUGUUGUGGGCAGCAGCAUUGGCUCUGCUGGCGUUAUCUACUUGCUCGUCGCCAUUACUGGCUAUAUUACGUUUGGCAACUCUGUUGUCGGCAACAUCAUCAUGAUGUAUGCCACCGGUGUUGCUUCCACCAUUGGCAAGGCCGCCAUUGUUAUCCUCGUCCUAUUCUCGAUCCCCUUGCAGGUUCACCCCUGCCGCGCCUCUCUCGAUGCAGUCCUCGGCUGGCGCCCCGGUCGCUCGCAAAGCAACAGCGGCCGUCCGGGUUCUCCUAUGCUGACUGCCAGCCGCGGCGACCACGGCAGCACCGCCCCAAUGUCCGAUAUGAGAUUCGCCCUCCUUACCACGGUUAUCCUCACCGGUGCUUACGCUACUGCUCUCUCUGUUAGCAGUCUCGACCGCAUGCUUGCGUUUGUCGGCAGCACUGGGUCCACCUCGAUCAGCUUCAUCCUGCCCGGCCUGUUUUAUUACAAGAUUAGCGAUCCCGACAGCAUUCAUCACCAGCGCCUGCUCAAGGAGGACGACGACAUGGAAGAUUCGACCUCGGACGUCGAGGAGUCGUCGGCUCUGGCGCAGAACCCUGCUGCUCCUGGUCCCUCUGGCCCCAGAGGCGUCUGGCGCUGGCGUAAGAAGUGGCGCUGGGACCUCGAGCACAUUGACCAUGAGAUCAUCCGCAAGGCUGCCCUGGUCUUGGCCGUGUAUGGCGUUGUCGUCAUGGCUGUCUGCUUAAUAAUGAAUCUGUUUUUCACCACAUCGCAUUAG